AGCCCGAGAAGCCCGGUGCAACCCGAGAAAGUCCAGCGCCCGCGGGCGGGUGCGGCGUCGAGCGGCCGGUCCGAGGCCGAGCGGCUGGCGACGGAGGACGGGGCCCGCGGAGAGCGUGACGAGGGAAAUUUUCAGCGCCCUGCGCCGGGUGGCCGAGGACAGGUCCCAGGUGUUCUUUCAGGAUUUCACAGAUAUGGACAAGUUCUACUGCACCAGCGCCUUCAGCGGGGACCCCGAGUUCCGGAAGGUCUACACCGAGAUCAGCACGUUGCUCAGCAAGUUCGGGGGCGUCCCCUGCGAGCUUCUCGGUGGGGGCGGUGGCCUGAUCGGCGCGUGACACGGGCGCGGCCCAACGGACAGGGCUCGGCUCUCUCUUCCAGCGAGCUCGUGGCGUCGGAUGUCUUGGAGCGACGCUCACAGGGCGCAGGAUUACUUUUUGAAACUCCAACGAGUCGCGCCUGCGCCCUUUUUUCGGGGGGCGGCGGAUUGCUCAACGGCCGCCUGCGGCUGCGGGAGCUGCGCUCCCGCAGCCGCCAGGAAGGUACAGCUGGACGCCCCCAGUGGUUUCAAGGCGCGCACGCGGUGUGCGCUUGGCUGGGCCCUUUGUGUCGCAUGCUCGGCGCUUCGUUUCCGCAUCUCCUCCGAGGUGGGGGACGGAGGAGGAUCCCGAAUCCCAGUCCCUGUGGCUGGGUUUACCCGGACAGGCCGCCGCGGCCACCGCGGUUGGGCUGUCGAGGCCAACUGUUUACAAAAGUGUGCUGCGUCCGCUUCAAUGACUGUCCUUCCGCCGCGCGGCAGCGCGCCCCGCGCUGGCGGCGAGUGUACGCGUGCUCGUCCCGGCUGCGCUGGUGCAGAGGCCAGCGAGCGGACCGCACCUGCCCCAGAGGCAGGCAAACAGUGCGGCCCGCAACGGUUGGUCUGUGAAUCAGCCGACGCUUUUUCAUACGGAAUCUCUCUAUAUGCAGC